AUACUAAAAUGCAAGUAAAUACAAGCGUUUCUUCAAACACAUUUUAGCAGCCUAGAGAUAUUCUAACUCAUUGUGAACACGAUUAGACCGGAGUGGUCAUGAAAUUCUCCAUGAUGUUGGAUAUCUGUCUUUUUGCUACGAUGAUAUAUCUUUCUGCAGAACAAGGUCCUCCCCGACUUGCAAUAGAAAUUUGUGAGAACGAACAGGCCACCAUACGCUGCGGAGGAGAAAGAAUACUAGUUGAAUCCGCACGUUACGGCCAAACAAGAGGAAACAGAUGUGGUACAGAGGCCUAUGGUGAUUGUGAGAGGAAUGUAACUAACAUAGUUAAAGGGUUAUGCAACAAUAAGGCAACGUGUCAGAUUCAACCUGUUCAGCUGUUCGCUGACCCAUGUCCAGGGACAGUGAAGUACGCCAAGGUUGUUUAUGUUUGUCUGUUCUGGCUGUUUUAGUACAAUAGUACACUUGUAACUUGCUAUUAAAUGAUACCUUAGA